AAUCAGCUUGCUUGGUGGUUCAUGCAUUUCUUAGUGUGUUUGGUAAGAUCCUAGUAACAGCCAAAGCUUCUCAAGGUCAGAUCACACAAUCGAGCUCAUGCUAGCUUCUCUCGUUGAGUCCAUGCAGAUGAGUACUGAGAUGAAGGAUUAUAGAAUUGUAUGCAACUGCUGCGCAAAGGCCAAUGAAUUGCUUGUUGACAUUUAAGAAAACAAGAAAUUCCCCCUGCUGCCUCAGGUAAAAAUAACUCUCUCAUGGCAAGAACCAGAACAAGAUGAAUGUGCCAGCAGUGUAUCAGCCACUGGAUCCUCUGCAGGAAGCAAUUAAGAGGAGACAUGGGCUUUUGAAGCUAUAAGAGACCAAGAGAAAGAGUUGAAGACAUGAGGAAAGAAAGAGAGAGACAUGUUAUAAAGGAGAGAGGUGCCCAUGCCAAAGUGGAAUGAAGAAGAGAUAUAAGGGAGUGCAACAGAAAAGCCAACAAUCUAACCUUUAGGACCUACUUUGAGAUAUGGCAUCCUCGAGUGAAGAGUUUAAAACUGAUGGCAGCUUUUCUUCCACAGCUGGGACAAGCAAGAAAAAUAUGUCUAUGCUAACAGAUGCAUCUUCAGACUCAAGAUGCCCUAUUUGCUUGGAGAGAAUCCAAAAUGCAUCCUACUUAAAUCCAUGUUUCCAUGGGUUUUGUUUUGUUUGUAUACAGGAGUGGUCAGAAAGGAAAGCAGAAUGUCCUCUCUGCAAGCAGCAUUUUUAUUCAUUCUUUCAUAGCAUCAAAGCUGACAAUGACUUUGAGGAAUAUGUCCUACCUGUGGAGAAUAGGUCAUCUGUCAUUUUUGAGGUAAGGUCAGCUUCUACUCAAAGGCCUGAAUCCCCACCAGAUGAUGGGAUUCUUCAUGAUGGAUUUUCAGGUCCACUAACUCGAGUGAGGGAGAGAGCAAUUGAUGAACUGGUGAGACGUUUUGCAAUAAGGAGAACAUCUCAUCCAGGUGGAAUAUCUCUUGGGAAAGUACGGGAGCAGUUAACAAUUAAGUUCAGGAGAGCACUCUAUAGAUCUGGUGUGAGGGUGAGAAGUGUCCCGUCUGGAGGAUUCUACAGGAACAUCUCCGCAGAUUUUUUUCAUCAAAACCCAGGCAGCCUUCGAAGAUUAGUUCCCUGGCUAAAGCGUGAAUUGAGAGUACUGUGUGGUUCUCAUGUGUCUUUAGUCAAUGAUAUACAGCAUAUCAUCUUACAUAAUAUGACUUAUUAUGAUCUUGAGAGUCAAGCAUUUGCAGAUAUCUUACAGCCUCACUUGCUCUAUUACACCAAUCACUUCUUGCACGAAUUUAUCAACUUUGCCCGAUCUCCUUUCAACAGUAAGGUAUACGACUGGCGAGCCAGUUAUGAUAUUCCUUUUCCUCUGCAUGAAGAGGUAUACCAGUCUUAUUCUUCUCUUACUUCAUCUUCAGAUGAGGAAGAAGGUUCUGAAGAAUUGGAGCAGGAGGAAGAGGAGGAGGAUCAUUGUCAUACUACUGCUGAUGAAUCAACAGCCAGUAAUGAUGAGGAGCCUUCAGAUGAUGAAGUCCCAGGAUCAAGUUGGUCAAGUGUGGAGCAGGCUGUUGAUGAUUCAGUUUUCACUCUUGGAUCUUCUGAAGAACUUGCCAGAAGAGACAAUUUCCAGAGGUGGUUUCGGAGGGACACACAUUCAGAUGAGGACAAUAACUGCUCUUCCUUUAAGAAUUCCAUCAUCAGUACAAUAGCUGAGAGAAUGGCAUCAUACAUUGUUGAAUCACUCCCCAGUUUUCUGGACAUGAAACAUGAGGAGGAAGUAAAGAAUCUGCAAUCUGUAAGGGAGGCUUGCUUUAGCAGCAGUCAUGUUUGUGAAUGCUCAGCUGCUUCUAGUGACAAUCUGUCAGGUAAUGAAAGGCCUGAUAUACCAUUCCAGUACCCACAGAGUCAUCUUGAAUCAGGAGAAACCCCUAACCCACAGAACAUCCAGUCACAAGCAGAAGAAAUGGGUAACAGUAAACAGAUUCAGCCCAAAGAAGAGGAGACUUUUCCAUCUGAAAUGAGUCAGUCUGAGGCAGUGGGAACAGAUAACAGUGAGCAGCUCGUGUCCCACCAAGAGGAAAUCACUAACAAUCAGCAACUACCUCCUUCUACAGAAUACUUGCCAAGUACUUCUAGUAAAAAAAGGGACAGUUGGUGCUUCCCAUGUAUCAGAAGAUCAUAAAUCACAGAGAGGGAAGUGAGGACAUUCAUCACAUUCUCUUGGUGAGAUG